GUACACCACACGUAUCACCCCCGAACCAACAACACCACAAACAAGGAGGCACACACAAGAAGAACAACACCGCACUAACCACCCUGACCUGCCUGUCGAUUAACUGCAAGGGCCUGAACAACCCCGCCAAAAGGCACCAUUUAAUGCGUUGGGCAAACAGAUCGAAAGCGGACAUACUCCUCCUCCAGGAGACACACUUCACCCAAGCCAAACAAUUCCCUCUCCUGAGUCGACACUACCGAAUUAAUCACUUCGCUAGCUCCCCCCAAGACAUGCAAAAAAGCCAUAAUCAUCCAGAAAUCGUGCUCUCUCUCUAUCCAACGAACGAUAGCCGACCCACAAGGCCGAUACCUUACGGUAAUAGGCAAAAUAG